AUGAAAGCUCUCAAACUAUAUGAACAGGCAGGAGGCAAUGCAUCUGCAGCUAAUGAAUAUGAUUUGGUAAAAAAGCAGUCAGAGGGAAUAAAUAUCUUGCUAACUGUGCUUCUGUCUUUAAUUGUCCUGCUCAUAGUUUUAGGUAACAGUGUUGUGAUAUUGGCUUUUAUUGUGGACAGGAGACUCUGGACUCGCAGUAACUUCUUUCUCCUAAAUCUGUCCAUUUGUGAUUUUUUAGUAGGAGCCGUCUCUAUCUCCGUGUAUAUACCGUACAAGUUCACUGGGAAAUGGAUGCUGGGAAAGUUUCUCUGCAAACUGUGGCUUACGUUCGACUACACAACAACAACUGCUUCUGCCUACAGUGUCGUUCUUAUCAGUUAUGACAGAUUUCUCUCUGUCAACAAGGCUGUUUUACAUCACUCUCUACAAAAAAGACACAGUCAGACAGCGCUUACCAUGACCCUAGUUUGGAUAUCUUCUUUUAUUAUCUAUGGACCAGCAAUUCUUUUGUGGGAGAUCAUUACCAGUACGAAUAACCUUCCAGAGGACAUUUGUCGUGCUGGGUUCCUUGAAACGUGGUAUUUCAUUCUGGGUGCAUCAACUUUAGAUUUCAUCAUCCCUCUUCUCAGUAUUUCAUUUUUUAAUAUAAGAAUCUACCUAGAAAUUAUAAAACGCAGCACCAAGAGGCAAAAGUUCUCCAUAUCUAAUUCUUCUAAAGAAAAAGUAAAAUAUAUAAUGCCUUUUAGCAUAACGAGCAAUACUGUCCUUUCAUCACCACAGACAAAUGAGAAAGGGGACAGUAGUUUGAGUCCUCACACAGAUCAUAAGAUCACUUCAAACUCACCUCGGGACUCUGAAAAAUCAGAUGGACACAAUAAUAGUAAUAAACUAUCCCAGGACAAGAAGGCUGCAAAAUCUCUUGCAAUUUUGGUUUCUGUUUUCAUUGUGUGCUGGACUCCUUAUUCAUUCCUAGUGUGUAUCCGUGCUGUUUGCCAAGGAGUGAAUUCCACCAGAACUUAUUUGCUUCUUGAAUUUUCCACAUGCAGCGUAUAA